AUGUCGCGUGGAAGGGCGGUUCAAAGAGACAAUCCAUCAUAUAACGCUGUAACCACAGCCAAAGUCUACGCUGAUGCCUGUGAGAAACGUGGUCCGGAGUGGUCUGAAAUAGAUAACUGGACAUUACCAACAGCUUCUCCAGAGCCGUAUGAAAUCGCAGAUUGGGUCGGCACUGGUAAAUACAGUGACGUGUUUACGGCAUACAAAGGUGAUACAAAAGUUGCCAUUAAAAUAUUGAAACCAGUUCGCCCACAGAAAUACAAUCGAGAAGCAAAAAUUCUUUUAAACCUUCGAGAUGGUCCAAAUAUUGUUAAGUUAUAUGAUAUCGUUCAGAAUCCCAAGACAUUACAGUAUAGCAUGGUUUUUGAAUACGUGAAGGAAUCAGAUUAUACAGAUCUCUUCCCAGACAUUAAGGAGGAUGAAGCAAAAUUAUAUCUGUAUCAGCUGUUACAGGCUCUCGAUUACUGCCACUCUUGCGGAAUUAUGCACAGAGACGUUAAACCAUUAAAUAUCCUUUUUGACCGUUCCACAAGGAAAUUACGUCUCAUCGACUGGGGCCUUGCCGAGUUUUAUCACCCAGAAACCAGAUAUAACAUCCAUGUCGCUUCCCGUCACUUCAAACCACCAGAGCUUCUUCUCGAUUACCAAUACUAUGAUUACUCCAUUGAUAUGUGGAGCUUCGGCGUUACAAUGGCCGGACUUAUAUUUAAGAAGACUCCAUUCUUCCGUGGCAAUGAUGACCUCGAUAUGGUCAAUAAGAUUUGCUCGGUUUUGGGCGGAAAAGUGCUCGAAAACUACUUAGAAAAGUACGGCAUCCCAUUACCAGACUACCUCCAGACUUCUAUCUUCCGCUUGAAGCCAAAGAAAUGGCAAUCCUUUGUUAAUUACGAUAACCAAUCAUUGGCUACUCCUGAUGCAAUAGACCUUAUCGACAAAUGCAUUAGAUUUGAUCACACUGAAAGAAUUACUGCGGCAGAAGCUUUGGCCCAUCCUUACUUCGAUUCUGUUCGCAACAUGAAAAUUGAACCAUAA